AUGGCACGACGGUUAAGAUUGCAUUUUGCUACCCAAAGAAGCAACACAGAUCCAUUAUCGGAAACCUCUGAAGAUUUUUUGGAUAGUAAUAAUUGUAUGUACUUCAAAAAAUCACAGAGUUCUGCACCUAGCGUUACGCAAGUGAAACUAACUCCUAGACAAGCUACUUAUGCACCUGUAGUGCAACAAGUAAUUAAUCAUGAGAAAAGCACAACUAUUUCUUCACUGCAAAUAAAAAAGAGCAGUUCACUGCACAUUUCCUUGCAGUCUAGGAAGCAGAGUGGAUGUUCUCGGUGUGGUGAUGCCGUGGCUGCUGGUGAAGACCCUUCAUUCAUUGGUAUUGGUAGCGAAGGGAGCGUUGGCACUGAAACUGUGGCUGAUCAUCGAUCUAAUGACAGCCUUCUGAGCAGUGCUGCUCUGGGCAGAGGCAGCCUCAGCAGCAUUGCAGCAAGUGACAGUGGCUCGUUCAGCAGUGCUGGCAGUGACUACGGAUCAUGUGCAAGUACCACAAGUGAUGGAGGUUCAUAUAGUAACAGUGUCAUCAGCGACAGUGGCAGUGGCACACUUUGGACAAGUGACAGUGCUUUCUGUAGUAGUGUUGCACAUGGUGACUCUUCAUAUAGAAGCACUGCAAGCAAGUGUAAUCCCUCCAGGAGCACCUCAUCUCAGGAAACACUGUACAGAAGUAAUACUACUUUUGACCAAGAUGCUUUGUCAGAGAGGAAGAAAACUAAAAUUCCUUUGCGACGUUGUUCAUCACUGGUUAUUUUUCCUAGGAGUCCUUCCAGUACUCCUCCAGCUUCUCCAGUAAGCUCCAGUCAACUACCACACAGAGGCACCUAUCAAACAUCUCAUAAAUUAAUUAUUUCUCCUAGUGAGCUGUCACCAAAAGAAGAUCAGGCCAUUUCCAAGGGAUUCCUUUCAACAGCAGUCAAUGGACUUAGACUGUCUAAAACAAUUUGCUCUUCUGGUGAGGUCAGAGAUAUCCGACCACUUUAUUUGAAUGCAUCAUUACAGGACAAAAGUCAGAUUUUGAAUGGUCCUCAGCAGGCAGCUGGUGAAGAAGUGCCUGGUGGCUUCUCACGUGUUUCAGUUCAUCUUACAAAAAGAGUAUUUGCAUCAAGCAGUGAAAUGGUUAAUGGCUCUUGCAGUCCAGAGUUAAAUCUGAACUCUGGUACAAAAUACCCUCAUUUAAAACUGGAACGUAGCACAUCUGCAUGUCUGCCCUCAAAAACAGAUUCAGAAUAUCAGAUUAAUAUGAAUGAACUAGGAAGACCAAAUGCACAGAUGAGCAAAACUCACCAUAUUUUGCAAAGAAGUGUUUCCUUGGAAGGAUCACGUCAAAAAGUUUCUUGCUGCUUAUCCAGCCUUAAAUACAAGUGUCAUAGUGCAAGGACGUCUCAGUUGCACAUACAGUUCAAAUCUGGGAAUGAAGGAAAAACAACUGGUGUUAGGAAAAGAUAUGGAACCUCUAAAAGGGAAAUGUCUAGCACUUUGUGGAGGCCCCAUAAG